CGCGCAGAAUUACCCCCCUAGAGCGCGCACGGGGUGCGUGCGCGGUGGUGAGGACGUGGGGCUGGGGAAGCGGUAGGGGUAGCCCCUGCAGGGGAGAAGGUUUUCCCGGCCCCGGGAGGCGCCGCCGAGGAGAUCAGAGAAUAAGUGCUUGGACACAGCACAUACAGCACGUCCCAGUAUGCAGUCUGCCAACGUGCUUCUGAAAAAAAUUCUAAGAAGCUCUGUCCUUCCAUUUGCUGCACAACAUGGGAUGAAAAAGGAUUUGUUUCCACUCAGUAGAACUCUGAGUUUAUCACUUUUCCUGAAGCAGGACAAUUCGUGCAGUUCCUCAGAAAAACUAGAUUUGGAUGCCUGGAAAAAGGUAAUGAAGUCUGGGUUGCAAGAAGAAGUUAGUGAGACGGUCUCUGAGCAUCAGGAGCCUUCCAGUUUGGCUUCUGCACGUGAGAUUUUGGAUAUGUGGAGACUAGCUGGCAGAUUAGUUCCAGAAAAUAUGAGUGAAGAACAGCUACAAACCUUUAUUGAAUGUCCUACCAAGUCAGCCAAAAAGAAGUAUUUAAAGUUUUUGCAUCUCAAAGAACUUAAGAAGAAAAGCGACAAAAGAAAGAUGGAGGAGAAAAGGAAAAGGAGACUGGAAUCACAAGAGAGAGAUCCAAAAACUGAUGAGACCAAAAGGAAUUCACACAUAUGCCUGUGGACCAACAAUAUGGAUAAAGCAUACAGCUGGAGGGCUGCUCAGUCUAUGAUCUUUGGCCAGCCUCUAGUAUUUGACAUGUCUUACGAAAAAGAUAUGUCUGUCCAAGAAGUUGCAAACACAGUAAGACAGUUGGUACUCAGUGAAGGCUGCAAUCGAAGAUCUGUGGAUCCGUUCCACAUCCACUUCUGUAACUUCAAAGAGAACAGCCUCUACCAUAAGAUACUUAUCAAGCAUUACAAAGAGUCGUGGGGCAAAUUGCUUAUCACAGUGACAGACCAGUGCUACACAGAUGUCUUUCCAAAGGAUAAGCUUAUCUAUCUGACUGCUGAUUCUCCCAAAGUAAUGAAAAGAUUCGAUCAUGAUAAAAUCUAUAUUGUCGGGUCAAUGGUUGACAAGAGCAUAAAAACAGGAGUCUCUUUAGCACAGGCAAAGCGAUUGGGGCUGGAGACUGCGGCCCUUCCAUUGGAGAAGUACUUGCUUUGGAAUACUGGUGCGAAAAAUCUCACACUGGAUCAAAUGAUGCAUAUCUUACUAACCUUGAAAGAUACUGGAGACUGGAAGAAGGCUCUGGAAUUCGUUCCGAAAAGGAAAUACUGUGGCUUUGUAAACAAGUCUGUACAUGAACUGAAAAAAAGCUUAAACCUCAUCAACACACUGAAACUUGGAAAGAGACAGGAAGGGGUACGAAAGCAAUUUGUCAAGAACUACUCUAAGAAGCUAACACAAAAGUAGAGUGAUGAGAAAAAGAAGGAUUUAUUAUUGGCAAACUGUGCCCUUGAAUGCUCCAGUUUCUCCAGGCUUCUGGAAAUGAAUUCAGCUAUUUAAAAAUGCCUUUGUUUUUUGGUCAGAUUGGAAGGGACCGCUGUUAGGGAUUUUUUAAAAAAAAAACACCUUAGUAUUUGAGCUGUUUGAAUUUAUUCACACACUGAACAUGUAAGAGAAAUGAGAUAAUCUGUUAUAGAAAACUUCUCUGUACAAAGGAUAUAAACCUGUUCUGUUGAGCCAUGCUGGGACAAGGGUGAUUGUAACUGAGUGCAAAGGUGGUUCUUGAGAGAACACCUCAGAGCUUUGGGUUUGCAGCAGGUGGAGGCCAUCCACAGUCAUCUUCCAGAAGGUUAGCUGAGAGGAAAUAAGGAGACCUUUCCUCAUUACUUCCUGAAUCCUCUUUUGGUAUGUUGGUGAAGCGACCUUUGAUAACUGAACUGAAAACACAUGCUUAAAACCUAGCAUGAAUCUGGGGAGCUUCACUGUUGGUUUCUGGGUGUCCCAUCUGGCACAAAUUAAGUCCCUAUUUGGAAGGAAUAACCCAAAUUUUAUUUACCCUGCCAAAAAAAAAACCUUAGGUACUUUUGUGUAAGACUCUUAACUGUGAGUGGCUGUGGUUUCAGUCUGUGUAAUGCAGAUUUCCCAAACUUAUUAGAACCUUAAUGAACACUCCUGUUGCUAAGUACAGGAGCAGAGAGCCUUUUAACGUUUCUUAGAGCAGAAAACUUGGGUCAGUCUCUCUGAAAGCCCAUGUUCAGGCUGUGGAGCUAUGGUGGACACACUGUUGAGUGCAGUUCUUUUUGCUGCCUUUGGGAUUAGGAUGGAUUUCUCGGUGCCUUACAAGCACUUAAAUCUUUCUGAUUUAUUAGUGUAGUUGAAUACUCCAGCAUUUGAAGUUAAUCACAGAACCACAGAAUAGUCCAAUAGUUUGGGUUGGAAGGGACCUUAGAUCAUCCAGUUCCAAACCCCGUACAAUGGGCUGGGACAUCUCCACUAGACCAGGCUGCCCAAGUCCCCAUCCAACCUGGCCUUGAACACCUCCAGGGAUGGGGCAGCCACAGCUUCCCUGGGCAACCUGUGCCAGUGCCUCACCACCCUGAUUCUGAGGAAGUUCCUCCUUAUGUCUAGUCUGAAUCUGCCCCUCUCCAGUUUAUACCCAUUGCCCCUCGUCCUGUCACCACAACCCUUUGUGAAUAGUCCCUCUCCAGCUUUCCUGUAGCCCCUUCAGGUACUGGAUGGCCACUAGAAGGUUUCACCGGAGCCAUCUCGUCUCCAGGCUGAACAAGCCCAACUCUCUCAGCCUGUCCUCAUAUGGGAGGUGCUCCAGCCCUCUGAUCAUCUUUGUAGCCCUCCUCUGGACCUGUUCCAACAGCUCCGUAUCCUUAUGUUGAGGAUUCCAGAACUGGACACGGUACUCCAGGUGAGGUCUCACAAGAGGGGAAUAGACGGCUGGAAUCACCUCCCUCAGCCUGCUGGCCACGCUUCUUUUGACGCAGCCCAGGUUAUGGUUUGGCCUGGGCUGUGAGCGCACAUUGCCAGUUGAUGUCGAGCUUCUUAUCAACCUCUCUGCAGGGCUGCUCUCAAUCAUCUCAUCCUGUACUGAAACCGUGGAUUGCCUCGUGAGGUUCACACUGGCCCACUUCUCCAGCUUGUCCAUUAAUUAUGGCAGAUGGUGGAGUUUGUCCUCAAAAUUCAAAAAGCCAAACAACUAGGAGCAGGGAAUGCAGUUCCCAAGGGCUGAUUUAAGAUAUCCCAUGCGUGGGUGGCGAGGCCGUGCCCGUCGCCGGCAGAGGCUGGAGGCUGCGCUGCCCCCAUGAUGUCCGACGCCCGCUCCCAGGCGCGGGGGGGGCCGGGCAGGGGGAGCCCCUGGCUUGGGGACAGACCCCGCAUCGCUGUCCCCAGGGGUGACGCUGAGCCCGCGGAAGGGAGCGCUGUGCACGUGGACCUCGCGCAGCAACGAGCCGGAAGAGCGUCAGAGCAGCGUCUCCCGGAACUUUCUCGCCAUUCCCUGCCGACUCGGAGACUAAAGGUUCCGCAAUCGUCAGUGCAAGGGGGCCGCUCUGGUCUCCG